AUGACAAGCCGUCAGGAAGUAAAACCCUUCAAGAAAUCUUCUGUCCCAGGAGUUCUCAUCACCCAAUUUGUGGAUGAAGUUCCAGAGGGAUGCAGUACACCUGACUUUGAGCGGAAACCUGUCUCCCUGACGCUGGAGGAAGGUAAAAAUGCCAUCUUCAGAGCUAUGGUCAAAGGUGUCCCAACCCCUGAUGUGAAAUGGACGCGUGCACAGGGAGGAAUGGAUGACCCUGCCAAAUAUGAAACAUUCUUCAAUAGUGUUACAAAUGAAUUCGUUCUGCAGAUAAAGAAACUCACCGCAAAAGACAGUGAUUUGUAUCGUUGCUUUGCUGUGAAUGAAUAUGGGGAAGCUUCAUGCUCUGCUGGCCUCAGGAUUAUACAAGUUGGCUUUAAGAGGAAAGCAAAAUAUGUCCCUGUUCAUGCUGCUGAUGAAUUAAGGAGGACGCUUGAGGACUCCAGGAAGCGGCUGAGGAAGCGGGCCCCAGCACCAAAACCCAAACCCUUGGAUAAAGAAGCAGUCUGGCAAUUGCUGCUGCAUGCAGAUAAGAGAGAUUAUGAGAAAAUCUGUAUGAAAUAUGGAAUUGUUGACUUCCGUGGGAUGCUGAAAAAGCUGCAGGAGCUGAGGAAGGACACAGAGAGUGAACAAGGAGAGUUAAUACACAGCAUCAAAAACUUCAGACACAUCAAAGUCACCAGGGAUGGAAAAGCUACGUUUGGUCUGGAGAUGGACCUGAAAAAUAGAAACAGCAAAGUUUAUCUGCUUAAGGAUGGUGAGAGGCUCAGGUAUGAAACGAGUAAUGAAUACGGGAAGCACUGCCUGAGGCGCAUUGGGAAGAGGUACAUUUUCAUUGUCAACGAUGUGCAGCCGGAAGAUGCAGGAUUGUAUCAAGUUCGAGUGGAGGAUGUACCUGUUUUCUCAACUGAACUGGACCCUGACUCCAUCCCUGUGGGAUUUGAGCAGCCACUCAGCAAUAUGAGUUGCCCUGAGGACAAAGAUGCCAUCUUUACGUGUAUCCUACGCACCCCCUGCCAUGAUGCUGUGUGGCUACACAAAACCCACGUCCUGGAGGCAAGUGAGAAGCACCAGAUCUCUGUAAGUCCUGACGGUCUGACCCACCAGCUGACUAUCAAAAACACUGUGCCCUCUGACAAUGGCAUGUACACCAUCAACACUGGACUUUCCUCCUCAAAUGCCUGGCUUAUUGUAGAGUAUGCCAAAGGAAAGGGGAGACAAGGUGAAGGAGGUGAAAGAUCUGAGUGGCUGGAAGAAACAUUGCCAAAGAGAGACUGGGCAAAGAAACUUCGACAGAGAGAAUCUGUUGGUGAUGGAGAUCAUUUUAUCAACACUGGCGAGGAAGAAGAUGGCUGGUACAGAAAUGGUCAAGGGGGCAGCGGAGGUCACUCAGUUGAUGCUGAUGGAAACCAUAAAUUUUUGGGAAAGGAUGGGCUACGCAGAGCCAACAGAAAUGAAAGGAUGGGGGGUGGGCAGUUUUCUGAAGCAGAUAUAGAUGAAGAUGCCAUGACAAGUGAUGGGAGUAUCUUUGGAUUAAAAGGCUUUAGAGGCAAAAGUGGAUUAAGGCCUUUCCACGGCAAGGAUUCUAUGGCAGGCAGAGCAGAUACUAGAAUGAAGUCCCCCUAUGGCAAGGAUGGUCUGCCAUCUGUGGUCGAUAGGAAUGGAGCAACUAUAAACAGAGAAGGACAAAUAGGCACCCCGUAUGGCGAGGAUGGCCUGGCACUUCAUGCUAGAGGUCACUUAGGUCAGACAGGAAGGUCUGGCUUGCUAUAUGGUCCAGGUGGUCCUUCAGUUGGAGAUGGGGCUAUAUCUGGUGCAGGUGGCAGUUCUAUAGGGGAAAUGGAAGCUUUGUAUGGUCCAGAUGGUUGGCCAAUUAGACCAGGUGCUGGUGUAGAUGGUGCAGGGGGAACUGGAUAUCCAUACGGAAAGGAUGGUCUCCCAGCUGGAGCUGGCAUUGGUGGUGCUGGUGCAGGAGGAACUGGAUAUCCAUAUGGAAAGGAUGGUCUCCCAGCUGGAGCGGGAUUUGGUGGUGCUGGUGUAGCUGGUGCAGGGGGAGUUGGGUCUCCAUAUGGAAAGGAUGGUCUCCCAGCUGGGGCUGGAUUUGGUGGUGCUGGUGUAGCUGGUGCAGGGGGAGUUGGAUCUCCAUAUGGAAAGGAUGGUCUCCCAGCUGGGACAGGCCUUGGUGGUGCUGGUGUAGCUAGUGCAGGGGGAGCUGGAUCUCCAUAUGGAAAGGAUGGUCUCCCAGCUGGAGCUGGAUUUGGUGGUGCUGGUGUAGCUGGUGCAAGGGGAGUUGGGUCUCCAUAUGGAAAGCAUGGUCUCCCAGCUGGAGCGGGAUUUGGUGGUGCUGGUGUAGCUGGUGCAGGGGGACUUGGAUCUCCUUAUGGAAAGCAUGGUCUUCCAGCUGGAGCGGGAUUUGGUGGUGCUGGUGUAGCUGGUGCAGGGGGAGGUGGGUCUGCAUAUGGAAAGGAUGGUCUCCCAGCUGGAGCUGGAUUUGGUGGUGCUGGUGUAGCUGGUGCAAGGGGAGUUGGGUCUCCAUAUGGAAAGGAUGGUCUCCCAGCUGGAGCUGGAUUUGGUGGUGCUGGUGUAGCUGGUGCAGGGGGAGUUGGAUCUCCUUAUGGAAAGCAUGGUCUUCCAGCUGGAGCGGGAUUUGGUGGUGCUGGUGUAGCUGGUGCAGGAGUUGGGUCUCCAUAUGGAAAGGAUGGUCUCCCCGCUGGGGCUGGCAUUGCUGGUGCUGGUGUAGCUGGUGCAGGGGGAGUUGGGUCUCCAUAUGGAAAGGAUGGUCUCCCAGCUGGAGCUGACAUUGGUGGUGCUGGUGUAGCUGGUGCAGGGGGAGUUGGGUCUCCAUAUGGAAAGGAUGGUCUCCCAGCUGGAGCAGGCCUCGGUGGUGCGGGUGUAGCUGGUGCAGGGGGAGUUGGAUCUCCUUAUGGAAAGGAUGGUCUCCCAGCUGGGGCUGGCAUUGCUGGUGCUGGUGUAGCUGGUGCAGGAGUUGGGUCUCCAUGUGGAAAGGAUGGUCUCCCAGCUGGAGCUGGCGGUUCUGGUGUAGCUGGUAGAAGGGGAGUUGGAUCUCCAUAUGGAAAGGAUGGUCUCCCAGCUGGGGCUGGCAUUGCUGGUGCUGGUGUAGCUGGGACAGGGGGAAUUGGGUCUCCAUAUGGAAAGGAUGGUCUCCCAGCUGGAGCUGGCAUUGGUGGUGCUGGUGUAGCUGGUGCAGGGGGAGUUGGAUCUCCUUAUGGAAAGGAUGGUCUCCCAGUUGGAGCUGGAUUUGGUGGUGCUUGUGUAGCUGGUGCAGGGGGAACUGGAUAUCCAUAUGGAAAGGAUGGUCUCCCAGCUGGAGCAGGCCUUGGUGGUGCUGAUGUAGCUGGUGCAGGGGGAGUUGGAUCUCCUUAUGGAAAGGAUGGUCUCCCAGCUGGAGCAGGUCUUGGUGGUGCUGGUGUAGCUGGUGCAGGGGGAGCUGGAUCUCCAUAUGGAAAGGAUGGUCUCCCAAUUGCAGCUAGAUUUGGUGGUGCUGGUGUAGCUGGUGCAGGGGGAGGUGGGUCUGCAUAUGGAAAGGAUGGUCUCCCAGCUGGAGCUGGAUUUGGUGGUGCUGGUGUUGCUGGUGCGGGGGGAGUUGGAUCUCCAUAUGGAAAGGAUGGUCUCCCAGCUGGAGCUGGAUUUGGUGGUGCUGGUGUAGCUGGUGCAGGAGUUGGGUCUGCAUAUGGAAUGGAUGGUCUCCCAGCUGGAGCUGGAUUUGGUGGUGCUGGUGUAGCUGGUGCAGGAGUUGGGUCUCCAUAUGGAAAGGAUGGUCUCCCAGUUGGAGCUGGCAUUGGUGGUGCUGGUGUAGCUGGUGCAGGUGGAGUUGGAUCUCCAUAUGGAAAGGAUGGUCUCCCAGCUGGAGCUGGAUUUGGUGGUGCUGGUGUAGCUGGUGCAGGGGGAACUGGAUCUCCAUAUGGAAAGGAUGGUCUCCCAGCUGGAGCAGGCCUUGGUGGUGCUGGUGUAGCUGGUGCAGGGGGAGUUGGAUCUCCAUACGGAAAAGAUGGUCUCCCAGCUGGAGCUGGCAUUGCUGGUGCUGCUGGUGCAGGGGGAGCUGGAUCUCCAUACGGAAAGGAUGGUCUCCCAGCUGGAGCUGACAUUGGUGGUGCUGGUGUAGCUGGUGCAGGGGGAGUUGGGUCUCCAUAUGGAAAGGAUGGUCUCCCAGCUGGAGCAGGCCUUGGUGGUGCUGGUGUAGCUGGUGCAGCGGGAGUUGGAUUUCCAUAUGGAAAGGAUGGUCUCCCAGCUGGGGCUGGCAUUGCUGGUGCUGGUGUAGCUGGUGCAGGAGUUGGGUCUCCAUAUGGAAAGGAUGGUCUCCCAGCUGGAGCUGGAUUUGGUGGUGCUGGUGUAGCUGGUACAAGGGGAGUUGGAUCUCCUUAUGGAAAGGAUGGUCUCCCAGCUGGGGUGGGAUUUGGUGGUGCUGGUGUAGCUGGUGCAGGGGGAGUCGGAUCUCCUUAUGGAAAGGAUGGUCUCCCAGUUGCAGCUGGAUUUGGUGGUGCUGGUGUAGCUGGUGCAGGGGGAGUUGUAUCUCCAUACGGAAAGGAUGGUCUCCCAGCUGGAGCUGGAUUUGGUGGUGCUGGUGUUGCUGGUGCAGGGGGAGUUGGAUCUCCAUAUGGAAAGGAUGGUCUCCCAGCUGGAGCUGGAUUUGGUGGUGCUGGUGUAGCUGGUGCAGGGGGAGGUGGGUCUCCAUAUGGAAGGGAUGGUCUCCCAGCUGGAGCAGGCCUCGGUGGUGCUGGUGUAGCUGGUGCAGGGGGAGUUGGAUCUCCAUAUGGAAAGGAUGGUCUCCCAGCUGGAGCAGGCCUUGGUGGUGCUGGUGUAGCUGGUGCAGGGGGAGUUGGAUCUCCUUAUGGAAAGGAUGGUCUCCCAGCUGGAGCAGGCCUCGGUGGUGCUGGUGUAGCUGGUGCAGGGGGAGUUGGAUCUCCAUAUGGAAAGGAUGGUCUCCCAACUGCAGCUAGAUUUGGUGGUGCUGGUGUAGCUGGUGCAGGGGGAGUUGGGUCUCCAUAUGGAAAGGAUGGUCUCCCAGCUGGGGCUGGCAUUGCUGGUGCUGGUGUAGCUGGUGCAGGAGUUGGGUCUCCAUAUGGAAAGGAUGGUCUCCCAGCUGGAGCUGGAUUUGGUGGUGCUGGUGUAGCUGGUGCAAGGGGAGUUGGGUCUCCAUAUGGAAAGGAUGGUCUCCCAGCUGGGGCGGGAUUUGGUGGUUCUGGUGUAGCUGGUGCAGGGGGAGUUGGAUCUCCUUAUGGAAAGGAUGGUCUCCCAGUUGCAGCUGGAUUUGGUGGUGCUGGUGUAGCUGGUGCAGGAGGAGUUGGGUCUCCAUAUGGAAAGGAUGGUCUCCCAGCUGGGGCAGGAUUUGGUGGUGCUUGUGUAGCUGGUGCAGGGGGAACUGGAUCUCCAUAUGGAAAGGAUGGUCUCCCAGCUGGGGCAGGAUUUGGUGGUGCUUGUGUAGCUGGUGCAGGGGGAGUUGGAUCUCCAUAUGGAAAAGAUGGUCUCCCAGCUGGGGCUGGCAUUGGUGGUGCUGGUGUAGGUGGAGCAGGGGGGGUAGGAUCUCCCUAUGGAAACUUUGGUGUCCCAGUUGGGGUUGUGGCAGGAGCUGCUCAUUUUCCUUUGGGAGGUGCAGAAGUAAUGGGAUCUCACCAUGGCAGGAAUUCUGUGCCUAGCAAAUCUCCAGGAUAUGCAGGUGGAGCAGGAAAUGGCUUUUCCUCAGAACGUGGUGGUAUAGGAGGAUCUGCUAUACGGGAUACUGGGUCUCCCUAUGGCAAGGACAGUGGGUCAGCUGGAGCCAGGGCUGGUGUGGGUGGUAUUGGGAGCUUGGGAGGUGAUGGAAAGGAGUUACGUUCAGUCCAUGGUAAAGAAGGAGUGGUAGGUGCUGAUGGACGAGGGGGUGAAUAUGGGCUUGAUUCACAGCCUAGCAAGCCUUCUACUGGACGUGAAACUGGAAAGGGCACUGCCAGUGACUUCAGAUCAGGGAACAAAGGUUCGUCUGAUGACAGAGGUUUGCUUUCAGGUCGAGGAGCUGCCAGGGGUGAGGGCAGAGAUCUAGGACAGUUACGGUCCCUUCAUGGCACAAAAUCUACCUUUGGAGGGGCAGGGAGUAAAUCCCAUAACAGAUUUGUUGGUGGGAUGAAUUCAGGUAGUUUUGGUCAAGGUUCAUUGGAUUAUGGUCAGAUGUCAGCUCUUUAUGGUGGACCUCCUUCAAUAAACCAGAGGAAAGAGGAACCCAGCCUUGAUAUUAAAGCAAAUGAUUUCUUGAAGAGUACAGAAAGCGUGGAAAAAAGACGACAUUAUUGCCUCGAUGAUCUGAAAGCACCACGCUGUCGUGUCAACAAACAGCUACUGAAUGUCAGAGUCCUGAAAGGGGAACCAGCUGAGCUGUCUUGCACUGUCAGUAAAGAUGGAGUGACAGGAACCUGGUUUAAAGAUGGAUUAAAGUUAACCAGCACGGAGGGAGUGUGUUUGAAAAAGGAAGGUCUAGUCCACAAACUAAUUAUUGACAAAGUGGAAGAUAUUCAUGCUGGGAAAUACAGGUUUGAAAGUGGAGAUAUAAAAACUGAAGCUUCAAUUUUUGUUGAAGAUCCUCCACAGGUUGACAAAGUUCUCCUCAAAAACUUAACGAGUGUUCCUACUGUGGCCAAGGCAGGGCAGAAUGUAACCAUCAAGAUCCCUUUCGAGGGUCGGCUGCCAAUCAGAGCAGCAUGGCUAAAGGACAAGAUGGAGCUAGCAGAUGACACAAGGAUCCGUGUUGAUAAAACAGACACCUUUACCAAGCUGUCCAUCUCCAGCAGCGAGAGAAAGGAUGCUGGGGACUACAAAGUCAGGCUGAAGAAUGACAGUGGAGUCCUGGAGAUCAACUUAAAACUUGUGGUAUUUGACAAGCCCCAACCACCUGCAGGACCCAUCAAAAUCGUGGAAAGCUCUGCAAAUGAUAUCACCAUUCAGUGGAAGCCCCCAAAGGAUGAUGGGGGCAAACCUGUGCAAAGCUACAUCAUUGAGAGAGAGCAGGUGGGCAAGAACGAGUGGGUGACUUUGGGAGAAGUGCCCAGGAGCUGCACUACCUUCACUACUAACAAAGUGGAACAAGACACGAGCUACUACUUCAGGGUGAGAGCUGUGAAUGCUGAGGGCACCAGUGACGCACUGGAAUCAGAGGAAGUGAAGGCUGCCAGUAAGGCUACACCUGGUGCCCCAGAUCCCCCUGAGAUUGUCAGUGCCAGCAGAGACACCAUCACAAUAUCCUGGAAAGCACCUCAGAAAAGUGGCAGUUCCCGAAUAGUGGGAUAUCUCGUUCAGAAGCGCAAGAAGGGUACCAUGACCUGGCUGCCAGUCAACAGUGUGCCUACAGCAGACAAGAAGCUGGAGAUGACCAAUCUCAAGAAAGGUCUGCAGUAUGAGUUUCGUGUGGCAGCUGUCAAUGCUGCUGGCACAGGAGAUGCCAGUGAACCGUCACAGCCUGUCUUUACGCGGGAUUCCACGAAAUCUCCAGGUCGAGUGCAGGACCUUGAAGUGAGCAGCAGUGACAGCUCUAGUAUCACCUUGACAUGGAAGAGACCUGCCACAAAUGAUGAGAUUGAUGUGAAGGGCUAUGAAGUGGAAAUGCGGUCUUCUAACAACCUCAACUGGACCAAAUGCAAUGCUCUUCCCAUAGAGAUGACCACUUACACAGUUAAAGGCCUCCGAGCCAAGCAGAUAUACUUCCUGCGUGUGAGAGCCCUCAAUGACAGUGGCCCAGGAGAAGCUGCAGAGAUUGAAGCUUCCCUUGGAGCUGCUCCCCCUGUAGUUCCUCCAAGGUUACUAAUAGACGACACAGUGAAAAGCUUCCUGGUUAUAAAAGCAGGAAAUACCAUCCGAGUGAAUAUUCCCUUUGAAGCAUCUCCAGACCCAGUGGUGACCUGGUUAAAGGAUGGGCAUCCUCUUCCAAACCAGGCUACAAUAAACACCAAAGAUGGUACCACACAACUGCUGAUUGGAGCAGCUGAGUUCACUGACAGUGGCACCUACACCGUUGAGCUCCAGAAUGGGUUAGGGAAAAGAGAAACAUUCAGCUUCCAAGUUCAAGUUACAGAUAUCCCACAAUCACCUGGACCUAUUCAACUGCAAGAGAAUGUGCCAAAUACAGUGACAGUAACCUGGGAGCCAUCGGCAUCUGAGAAAUGGGAGAGUAAUCUCUACUACACAGUCCUGAAACGUGAAUCACAGAAAGGCUUGUGGCGUGUGGUGGGUGACCUGAUCUACACCAACAAGUUCACAUUCACCAGCCUGAUCCCAGGCCGGGACUACUACUUCAGAGUUGUGGCAAAAAAUAACUUGGGAACCAGUGGUCCAUCUGAAACUGUGCAGCCUUGGAGAAUCCAAAAACCAAAGGCCGAGUUUCACGUCAAACCACAGAAGUACAAGGGAGUUAAUCAAAACCAGCCCCCAAGGAUCCUUGUCCCGUUGAAGCCUCACGUGGUGACCACUGGCAGCGAGUGCCACAUGAGCUGUGCCAUUGGAGGCCAUCCACCUCCAAAGAUCACGUGGUACAAGGACAGUAGAGACCUCUCCAACGAUCCCACCUAUUUUUGCACAAAUGACUUUGGAGUCUGCUCCCUGGUCGUCCUGGGCGUCAUGAAACAGGAUGAAGGAGAAUAUAUGGUAGAAGCCACCAAUGGCUCGGGCCGUGCAUUCAGCAAAGCCUUCCUCACUAUUAAAGACUCCACCUUGUAGCAUGACCUUCCUGAGAACAUCCCUGCACUGCUGUGCAAAUAUGGAGGGUUUUAUUGAGGACUGGCCUACACAAAGGCUAUGUCUUUAUUUUCAGAUGUGUAUUAUAGUCUGAGUGCUUUCAUUUUCAGAUCCAGUAGUUGCAUUUUGGAACGUGAUGCUGCACUGUAGCCAAAAUGGGGGGAAAAAGCAUUAAGAGAAUUGUAUCUCUUUGUAAUGAUCAUGGCUUUCCACUAGACCUUUAAAGCACAAUUAGAAACUUCAGGAACACAGAAGAUGAGAGGAAAAAUAAUUGGCCAAAAUGAAACUUUCCAUGGAGAACACAGGUGGGAGAGAUCAUUCUGCCACACUACUCACCUGCUGGCAGGCUGCAGCAAGAGUCUUUCUUGACACCAGAGAUCUAGGAAACCUUUUAGUGUGUGAUUUUCUAAUCCAAAGCAAUCAUUUUAGAUUCCAUGUAAUUCUCAGCAGGUUUCCUAAUUGUGUUCUGCAUUUAUU